GUUUGUGUUGGAGUCUGAACAGCGUAGUCCCACGCAAGCGCGCAUAUGCGAGCGGUAGAUUUAUACAAACCCUUUAAAUAGUAUUUAUAUUACCAACAUUGUCUUUUUUCAUCUCGUGUAAUUUCACAGGGCAGCACAAAAUAUGCUUUGCAGCAAACUUGAAAUCAGUGGGUUGAUUUUGUGCAUAAAUCCACACAUAUAUAACAGUUUUAUAUCUAACUGUUUUAUAUUUAUGCAUACAUCUCAGUCAGUACAUUUUUUUUUUUUUUUACAGUAAACGUUUUUAACGCUUUUAUUUUGAAGUGUACUCUUCCGGUUUCCGUGCAGUUAACUCUGCAGCUUGACGCAGUUGUUUUGAAAACAGCGACUGCUGAGCAGCUGAGCACUGCGGUGUUUCUGAGCAGCGUUAUUAUCCGAGCAGCCCAUCACCACACUCCCUGGACUUCUCUCUUUUCAUUACCCUCGACUACUCUUCCUCUUUGCUGAUUUUUUAUUAUUAUUUUUUCAUGCACAUCUCCAGGGAUUUACACAGAAAUAUAAUCACUAAAUGACAGCCUUGCUCGCCUGCUGGGAGGACAGCUGGUGCGGUGAUAACAUCGGGAGGGGGUGGGGGGGUGAUGCCCUUGACUCUGGGAGGAUGAGUUAGGAGGAGAAGAGGGGGGUGCAUCAUUUAAUGUGCAGAAAGAAGUGACAUUGUGACUGUGAUCUUCAUUGGCAGGGGUGUCAGGGAUGCGCUGCAACUUCAUUUCAUCCCUGCCGGCCGAGGAGGAGCAGCAGAGUCCAGCUGAGAGCAGCCAUCUCUGAGUGGAAAUGUGCAUCUGUAGGGAGCCCUGGAGCUGAGGAGGCCUGAGCGGUCGCCACCUCCGGAUUACAUGGUGGCAUGAGGCAAGUGUGCAUGACAAGAUAAACAGAGGCUGUCUAGCCUGUGCUGCAGAUAAGCAGUGAGUCUACUUCCCCUUUGCUUUUUUUUGGGCCUCUUUGUGUGCCAGACUGUAUUUGUGGGAGUAGAUGUACCUAUUAAUAAUAAAUGCAAUGGGCAGCAGCCCCUGAACUGUAAACGUAGGCUUGGAACUGGGGCGGUUUAUUCUUCUACCCCCUUAAAGAAAGGUGACUGGGAAUAAUGGCUGACCACGAGGAAGCGGAGUUGUCAGAGUCCCUUCAGAAGGAGGACGGGUUUUCUAGCAGCGAGUUGGAGGAGCCAGGUACGGACUUCAAAUGUAAAAAUUUGCCUAUUUUAAACGAAGAAGCGCCUCAAGAGGAAACCUUACUGGCUAGUUCGGUGUCCAUAACGGCGGAAGAGAGCGCGGAAUUUAUCCAGCUCCCGGCCAAGACUGAGUCCUUUAAGGCCGAGUCCCCGACGAGAACAAACUACCUGCCAAAGCCGGGGAAGUCGGCGCUGAACCGGCCGAGCUCGUACAUGGAGAACACGGAGAACCGUAGGAGUAAAAACAUGGCGAGAAGGAAGCCCCCGGGGUUGUUCGCUUCCAGGCUGGCUCGGAUUCGUCUGCCCACUAGGAAGUACCUGAACGUCCUCUUACAGGACUCUCGCUGCUUCCUGUUCUGCAUGUGCUACCUGACGUUCAUCCAGUCGCUCAUGGUGUCCGGCUACCUCAGCAGCGUCAUCACCACCAUAGAGAAGAGGUACAGCCUGAGGAGCUCCGAAUCAGGCCUCCUCGUCAGCUGUUUCGACAUAGGGAGCCUCCUAGUGGUCGUCUUCAUCAGCUACUUUGGUGGGCGAGGCCAGAGGCCUCGAUGGCUGGCGGUGGGCGGGGUUUUCAUCGCUGUAGGCGCCGCCCUCUUCUCCUUGCCUCACUUCAUCUCCCCGGCCUACCAGAUCCAGGAGGUCAACUCGUCCUUCGGCAGAGAGGGCCUGUGCAUGAACAGCAACGCCAGCGGCAGGGACCGCGUCGACAUCACUUCCUGUCCCAGAGACCAGGAGGGCAACGAGCACAACCUGUACGUGGCGCUGUUCGUUAUCGCUCAGAUCCUGGUGGGCAUGGGGUCUACGCCCAUCUACACGCUGGGACCCACCUACCUGGACGACAACGUCAAGAAGGAGAACGCCUCGCUGUAUCUAGCCAUCAUGUAUGUGAUGGGAGCACUGGGUCCAGCAGCUGGUUACCUGCUGGGAGGAGUCCUCAUCGGCUUCUACGUGGACCCCAAGACCGUCGUCAACAUCGAUCAAAGUGACCCCCGCUUCAUCGGCAACUGGUGGAGCGGGUUCCUGCUGUGUGCCGUGGCCAUGCUGCUGGUCAUCUUCCCCAUGUUCUUCUUCCCCAAGAAGCUGCCACCCCGACACAAGAAGAAGAAGAGGAGGAAAAAGGUGAGCAUGGACGACCUGUCCAGCGACGACGACGUCCUCAAGGAGAAGACCAACAACAAGAACCAGGCGGUCACCUCAUCCAUGGGCUUCGGAAAGGACAUUAAAGACCUGCCCAAAGCAGCGGUGAGGAUCCUGAGCAACGUGACCUUCUUGUUCGUCAGCCUCUCCUACACGGCAGAAAGCGCCAUAGUCACCGCAUUCAUCACCUUCAUCCCCAAGUUCAUCGAGUCUCAGUUCGGCAUCCCGGCCUCUAGCGCCAGCAUCUACACCGGUGUGAUUAUUGUGCCCAGCGCCGGCGUGGGCAUCGUCUUGGGCGGUUACAUCAUUAAGAAGCUGAAGCUGGGAGCUCGCGAGUCGGCCAAGCUGGCUAUGAUCUGCAGCGGCGUCUCCCUGCUCUGCUUCUCCACGCUGUUCAUCGUGGGCUGCGAGAGCAUCAACCUGGGAGGAAUCAACAUCCCCUACACCACCGGACCGACUCUCACCAUGACCCAGAGGAACCUGACCGGAGGUUGUAAUGUGAACUGCGGCUGUAAAAUCCACGAGUACGCUCCAGUCUGCGGCUCCGAUGGCAUCACGUACUUCAACCCCUGCCUGGCCGGCUGCAACAGCGUGUCCAACGACAGCACCGGGAUCCGUAACUACUCGGACUGCGCCUGCGUCCAGAGCCGGCAGGUCAUCACGCCGUCGUCCAGUGGUCAGGGCAGCAACCAGCUGCAGCUCGUCAUCGUCAAGACCUACCUGAACGAGAACGGCUACGCCGUGUCGGGGAAGUGCGACCGCACCUGCAGCACCCUCAUCCCCUUCCUCAUCUUCCUCUUCAUCGUCACGCUCAUCACUGCCUGCGCCCAGCCCUCCGCCAUCAUCGUCACGCUCAGGUCUGUAGCGGAGCAGGAGAGGCCGUUCGCUCUGGGAAUGCAGUUUGUUCUUCUCAGGACUCUUGCCUACAUCCCGACACCCAUUUACUUCGGUGCCGUCAUCGACACCACCUGCAUGUUGUGGCAGCAGGAUUGCGGCGUCCACGGCUCCUGCUGGGAGUACGACGUCACCUCCCUGCGCUUCGUCUACUUCGGCCUCGCCGCCAGCCUCAAGUUCUUCGGCUUCCUCUUCAUCUUCCUCACCUGGUACUCCAUCAAGUACAAGGAGGAGCGGGUGGAGCGUUGGCUCAAGCGCCACUUGUCGCCCGUCGACACCGUGGGCAGCCUCGUCUGCCACCCUGGCGGCCACAAGGGCCAUGCCCGCACCCGCUCCUGCCCCGUCAACAUCCCCCGAACCGACCCCAACGCUCUGCCUGCUAACGCACCGCCACGCGCCGGCCCCCUCAACCGCGGCGUCAGCACCCAGAGUUGCCCCGGCAACGAGCUUAAAGCAAUAACGCCUCCCCCUGCGGCCGCGCCACCACCUGCAGCGCCGCCUGCCCCCGCGCCGGCACGUUCGCUGGAACACGUUUCAGUCCGAGUCUGAGCUUCAGAAGCGGGGUGGGCGAUGAGGCAGGUCUCACCCACUGACAUAAUUUUAGCCGCUGUCAAAGGCACCAACCAUCACAUGAAGGUCCCGCUCUCAUCUCAUAACUCAAAGUGGCCGGUGAAACGUUUUGUCCGCACCGCCGGCCUCUGUGGGUUAAAAACCAUCAACUGGGCAUCCUGAUUUAUUCAGAACCUCCAGAUCUGUGAUGAAUGAUGAAAAGUUGGACCAGUUUGGGGACCAUCCGGCCAGGAGUCCCUCCUCUGACACAAAAAACCUGCUUCGUUGGCGAAAAUGUUGAAAGCAGCCGGGUGUUUUCUUUGUGAUCCAUCAGCCGGCGCGGCAGGCGGACAAAGGCUUCGCUUCCCCACUUUGGAUGGAGGAGAGUUCAUCGCUCAAAAAUACCCACCUGCCCCCCCCGCCUCACCUCGGCAAUAUGUGCCUUCUGUCACCACGGUCCUCACAUGUACAGUAUAAACACACUGGACGUCCCUCAGACCGACUGUGGUCACCCUGUAGGAAUAAGAGUCACCUGAACAGAUACCUCAGCUUCGCCAAUCCUCCUGCUUCCCCGUCACCUCACUGACUGUCUGUGUGCUUCUUCUUCUUCUUCUUCUUCAUUCGUGUUUUCAUUUCUUCACCGAGUGAUUUUUGUUUUCCGGACACUGCAUAUCGGCGCUCUCACGGAACAAAAAACAAAAAAGAAAAGAAAAAAAAAACCUGUGGAAAUGUGAUACACUGCAAAUAAGUGUUAAGAACUGGAAACCGAUGGCAUGGUGCUAUGUGAAAAAAGUUUAGUGUCCAUU